GCCAACUUUGACAACCACAAAACUUACCAAAAUAAAGACGAUUUUUGCAGAAUCUAACUCCUUUACUUCACUGAACAAGUAACAAGAUACCGUCAAAGCAUUAAAUUAGGAUGGAUGCUUUGAGUGACGCUGACCAGUUUCAAGAUGAUGAAGAUGAAGACUGGACAGAGACAGGAUGGGCAGAUCCAGUCCAGUUACCAGUACCACCUUCCCAACAUGCCAAACGAAAUCCAAAACCUGCUGUUGUACAGAAAAAGCCCAUGGAAAUAGGGGAGACAAAAUCAGAUGUUGUAUCAAGGAUGACACUGAACGACAACAAGGCUGGAAUGGCAGGACUUGACCGGGAAAAGAUCAACAAGAUUAUCAUGGCGGCAUCUGCAGGUUCAAAAUUUUAUGAAAAUGAGAAAAAGAAGGAGCAACAAGUGAUGAAACGAAUUGAUGAACAACGGAAGAAACUGAAGAAAAUAACAGAAAAACAUCUCUCAGAUGGUGAAAUUGAAGCUGAUCAGCUCCUUCAACAAUUGGACUCAACCAGAGAUUUGUCACGUACAAUUGUCCAUGUUGAUAUGGAUGCAUUUUAUGCUGCUGCUGAGAUGAGGGAUAAUCCGUCUCUCAGAGAUAAACCUAUGGCUGUUGGUGGCAAAUCGAUGCUGUCAACAUCUAACUAUGCUGCAAGGAGAUACGGUGUUCGUGCUGCAAUGCCAGGUUUCAUCGGAAAAAAGCUUUGCCCCGAACUUGUGAUUGUUCCACCGAACUUCGAAAAAUAUACUGCUAUCAGUAAACAAGUGAGGUCAGUCAUGGCAAAUUACGACCCUAACUACUGUCCGAUGAGCUUGGAUGAGGCAUAUCUGGAUCUAACAGAACAUUUGAAGAAAAGACAGACGUACACAGAGGAACAGCGGACUUUUGAAAUUAUGCAUGUUGAUGGACAGAAAAUCAAUAACAGACUGACGUCUGCUGGUGAGAAUGUUGCUGUGGACAAAAAAAAUGAAGGGAAAACUGGAGUAGACUUAUUGUUGUCUGCUGAUGUGAGUCAGUACACAGAGCAUGGUCCUGUUGUAAACAAAGAGUGUGAUAGAUCGGAAGACAUGUCUUCUGAUGAAGAACUAGACUGCUUGAUUCGGAACAUUCCAAAUAACAUUGUCGACACUGGAACUGUUAGUGGUGAAAAGGCUAGAACAUUGGUACCAGGAGCAGAUUGUUCUUUGAGCAAAUCAAAGGCAGUGGAUCAUGAGAAGAGAGGGAGAAUCGUCUUUGGGCUGAGUGCUGAUGAAGCAGUGAGAGAAAUGAGAUUUAGGAUUGAGCAGGUGACGGGCCUGACAGCCAGUGCAGGUAUAGCACCAAAUAUGAUGUUGGCCAAGGUGUGCUCUGACAAGAAUAAGCCAAAUGGUCAGUACAGAAUUCCUCCAACGAGAGAAGCUGUCCUGGAAUUCAUCAAAGAACUCCCAAUAAGAAAGGUUAUGGGAAUAGGCAAAGUGUCUGAGAGUAUGCUAAAAGCUCUUGAUGUGACCAUGUGUGAGCACCUCUAUGAGAAGAGGGCUAUUCUCUAUCACCUCUACUCAGCAAUAUCUUUCAACUACUUUAUGAGAAUAUGCAUUGGAAUUGGUUCAACGAAAGUUGAAAGAGAUGGAGAUCGGAAGAGCAUGAGUGUUGAACGAACCUUCAGCGAGAUCAACAAACCUGCUGAGCUGUACAAGAAGUGCCUGGAGCUGUCUGCGGCAUUAGCCGAAGACCUCAAGGAUGAAAACCGCAAUGGAAGGACUGUGACUAUCAAGAUGAAGACAGUUGCCUUUGAGGUUAAGACGAGGGCCCAGAGUCUGAUGGAAUAUACCUCUGAUCCCGAAGUUAUCUACUCUACCGCGAAGGAACAACUUAGGCUCGAGAUACAGGCCUGUCAACCAAAACCUUUGAGGUUGCGGUUAUUAGGCGUGCGCAUGUCAAAUUUCCAAGACUCUGAAUUGAGCAAGAAAAAGCAGACGACGAUAAAGGACAUGUUUCAGAAAGUUCAUGAGGAAAAGUCAACAAAAAUUGGAGACACCGUCUCUGUUCCUGUCAAGGAAGGUGCUGCAGAAAAAAUGGAUGAAAAUGGCAAUGUCAUUGAGGCAAAGUCCACGAUAGAUGUGCCAAGUCAGGUCGGCAGCACUGUUGAGUCUCUGGGUGGAAAAACGUCUGCUGUCGGUAAUGCAGACGAUAGCAUGGGUCAGGUUGGCAGUGACAAGUUCAAUUUGCAAGCUUCAAAAGUGGAAAAGGGACAAUGGCAAUCAAAAUUGUUGGACCCCCUAAAAGUGCCUCAGGUUGUCAGGGAUGGUGGUUCGGAUGGACUGAUUCAUGUUUCAAUGGAUGUGGAUAUUGACCCUGUUUAUUUACAAGAUACUGAUGUCGAUAGUGAUGCAGAGUGUGAAACAAAUUCCACUGAUAUGUUUGGAGAUUUAAGUGAGAAGUUUAUCAACAAACCUGCUGGUAAUGUAGCUGAGUUUGAAAACAGUUGCCAUAAAGAGAGUGAGGAUUCAGUGCGGUUUAUGAAUCAAAGUGGUGCUAACUGUGAUUUUUCUGACCUUGCUCCCAUGAAUGAUGAGCCGGAUGUGAGAAGUAUGGAUCGUUCUGUGAUAUGUGAUACCAAGAACUGUGUGACUGAGACAUACUCUCUUGCAUGUGACAGUGGCUUGCCUGCUGCUCUGAAUAGCAGUAAGCCCUUUGAGAAAACAAGACAUGUUCUGGCAGCCGGUUCAUGUGAAGAUGUGGUUUUGAAUUCAGCAAUUGGAAGACAGGAUUCUCGUAAAGUUGUUGUGGAUUCUGACUUAUCUGAGGAUGCAGACAUAUCAAGCAGUGAUACAGAAGUUCCUAAACAUAGUAAAGAAGCUUUAACUGAGCCAACAUGGCAGACUGUGACCAAUGUUAGGGAGAGUAGAUGUACAAUAGAUGCAGAAUUGCCUGGUGUUAGUAGGCCUAGUGGUCAAACUGUUGAUAAUGAAUGGAGGAAAGUUACUAGCAGUGGAAAACAGGAAGCAUUUCCUUGCCCAGUGUGCAAUGAGAGUAUAUUUUGUAAAGACAUGAUUGAAUUUAACAGACAUUUGGACAAUUGCUUGUGUGGAAAUAGUCAGCCUGUUAGUGAGAAUCUCAGGAGCCAAAAUUCGGGACUUGUUAAAAACAAGGGCAAGUCUCUUGCCAAGCCAAGAAAACUAAAGAAAGGCAGAGGUGCUAAAACACUCAGUGAAAAACCGAGCCCAAAUUUGAAUGAAACAUUGGACCGAUUUAUGUUAAAGCAGGAGAAAUCUUUCAGUGCGCUUAACUUUAAUGAGGAAGAGAGUCGUGAUGCUUGUGAUUUUCUUAGCUAUGAGGAGAGCUUUGCAGAGGAACCAGCUGAAUUUCUUGGUGAUGUUCUCAGUGACGAGGAUGCUCCCUGCAAAAGUGUGAUACAGGCCCUGGAAGAAGAGUGUGACCUAGACAUAGUUUAUACAGUAACUAGCUCAAAUUUUGGGAGCCCUGGUGUUAUCCCAAAUAGAACUCGGCUAAAUGAUACCUUAGGUGUUUCACAAACUGAGCAUUCGUUAUUAGAUAAAGAUACUGAAGCUGCGUUAGUGACUGACUUUCCCAAAGAUUUUACUCAAACUGGUGACAUUUCAAAUUGUGCCAUUCCAUUGGGACUUGUGACUGAAUCUGAAUCAUUGCUUACAGGUGAACCAUCAGAUCCCGAGCAGCAAGCUUGCAAAGCACUUUCUACUUUGGCAUCACAACAAGUAACGUCUGCUACAAAUGAAACAGCAGCCAUAGUUGAAUCUCACAUCAGUGGAACUGAACCAGAAUCACAACCUAACAAUAGAGUGUCUUCUGUUGUUGAAAUGUUAGGUGUAAUUGAUGCAUCUGGUAGUACACCACCCAAGUCUGGAGCCCCAAGCAACGUCUCCUCAUCAACUUCAGGAUCACAACCUUCAGAUGGAGCAUCUGCAGUUAAAAUGUCUUCUAUGGUUGAAAGAUUCGUUCUUGUUAAAACAAGUGCUACUGCAGUUGACAGGUCUGCUGCAGUUGAAACGUCUGUUGCGGUCGAAACGUCUGCUGCAGUUGAAAUGUCUGCUGCAGUUGAAACGUCUGCUGCGGUUGAAACGUCUGCUGCGGUUGAAACGUCUGCUGCAGUUGAAACGUCUGCUGCAGUUGAAACGUCUGCUGCAGUUGAAACGUCUGCUGCGGUUGAAACGUCUGCUGCAGUUGAAACGUCUGCUGCAGUUGAAACGUCUCCUUUGGUUGAGAAGUCUUCUGCAGUUGAAACGUCUGCUGCAGUUGAAACGUCUGCUGAAUCUGAUCCAGCCACCAAACCAAAUGGUCUGCUGUGCCCAAUCUGCAACAAGACUCUCCGAACCAAGAAUCUUGAAAACUUCAACCGUCAUCUUGAUGCCUGUCUGUCGGGACUAAGCAAGAGGGAGCAGAAACCAAGGAAAAGGAAAGCAAGCUUGGAUGGUCGGAUGUCCAAACGGUACAAGGAAGAUUACAGCUUUGAAGAGUGGGGAGAAUGGGAAUAGGGAUGUCAGGCCAACAUUGGCCACAACAAGUCUUCGUCUGUUUAGGCUUGUUUAUCUUGUUUAUCUUGUGAUCAGAAAAGGCUCAAAGAACAUUCGUCAUUAUAAAGUGAAUGCUUGCUCUAGCUUGGCUUCUGAUUUGAAAAAGUUAGAGCUUUUAUGAUUUUAUGUUCCUACUCGAGUAAUUAUCAAGCUAUUUAGUAUUGAGCUUUAGUGAUCUACUUGUAUCAAUCUUUUUAGAUCUGAUUCUGAGUUUCGGUGAUUUGUAAACUUUAUAUGCCUGCAUAGAGCUUUGGUGAUUAAAGACUGCGUCUAGGCUCAAGUAAUUAUCAAGUUAUGAGCAAGCUUUUUAGUCUCGCUUCUAAACUUAAGUGGUCAUCAAGUAUAUUACUUCCGGUAGGUCUCUCUUCAUACUUCAGUAUUAUCGAGCAUCCUCUACUCUAUCUCAGUACAAUAUUUUCCAUUUGCCUUGCCAACCAAUAGCUUUGUAGUAACUGAUUUAUAAGAAGUUGUUUCUGCAAGUUCAGAUUGCCAAAUACUCAUAGCUUUAAAACUUUUUCUUAUUGACUGUGUUAAU